AUGUCAAUUAAAACUUUUCAUUGGUUUUUACUCAUUUUAUUUUUCAUUCUUAAUGGUUGUAUUCAAGGAGAAAACUCAAUCGAUAUAAACACCAUAUCAACAACUGUAUCAGUAAAUUCAGAUAUAUUAUGUCCUGGAGGUCAUAUUAAUCCUCCUAAUUGUACACAAUGUUCAUCAAAAUAUGAAAGUAAAGAUGAAAAAUGUGUUCAGAUAAAAAAUGAAUUACAACCAUCACGUAAUACACGCCGUCGUACAUGGUUAAUUAUUCUUAUUUGUCUAUUAUCGGUAUUUGGAAUUCUUGCUAUGCCUAUUGUUUAUAUUCGUUUAAAAAAACAACAUAAUCAUCGUUUAACAUCAAAUCAAGAAAAUAAUCCAAAUUUAUCAACUAAUAAUACAAAUAGUAGUAAUCGUUUUAAUAAUAUAUUACGAUUAAUUGGUUUAAAUAAUCCUAAUAAACGUGGACGAUUUAAUUUCUUUUCAAUUUCAAAUAAUAAUCAAACAUCUGGACAAUAUCGACAACCAGAUACAUCACGUCGAGAUUUAAAUGAAAAUCUUGAUGAAGCUUUAUUAUUCGAUGAUCCAUAUGCUGAUAAUGGACUUCAAAAUUCAUCAGCUAGUCCAUAUAAAACAUUGACACUAGCUAUUACAUAA